AUGCAGAUUUUCGUCAAGACCCUCACGGGCAAGACGAUUACGCUGGACGUCGAAGCGUCAGACACGAUAGACAACGUCAAGGCCAAGAUCCAGGACAAGGAGGGCAUCCCUCCCGACCAGCAGCGCCUCAUCUUCGCCGGCAAGCAGUUGGAGGAUGGCCGCACCCUUUCGGAUUACAACAUCCAGAAGGAGUCCACCCUCCACCUGGUGCUCCGCCUCCGCGGCGGGGUCAUCGAGCCGUCCCUGGCGGUGCUUGCGCGCAAGUUCAACUGUGAGAAGAUGAUUUGCCGCAAAUGCUACGCACGCCUCCACGCCCGGGCUGUGAACUGCCGCAAGAAGAAGUGCGGUCACAGCAACCAGCUCCGCCCCAAGAAGAAGCUCAAGCCCCUCGGCUAA